AUGAAAAAGGCUGUAAAAAGUUUAAAUAAUAUAAAUUGGUUAGGAUGUACUGCACAUACGCUUCAAUUAGUUGUUGGUAAAGGAAUGAAACCAGCAGAAAAAUUAAUUACUCAUGUCAAACGUCUUAUUGAUUUUUUUUUAUGUUCAAAACAAAGUGAACAUUUAGAAGAAGUUCAAAGAAAAUUUCCUGAAUUAGUAGAUGAAUUAAAAAUAGAUAAGGAGUUAGAAAACGCAACAAGUCUCUUGGGCAGCAGUACUUAUUAUACAUACUCAAUGAUGAAUCCUAUUUUAAUUAGUAUUAAACAACAAUUUAUGCUAUUAGCAUUAUGCAGCAAUUUUAUAAUGAUGGUAUUAGAUUUUUCAAAUAAUAAAACAGUAUUUGAUGAUAAUAAUACAAAUGAAGAAGCAAAAAAUCUAAAUACUCCAUUAAAUUCAUCACAAUCUCUUCUUUCAAGUAUUUUAGAUUCACGAAUUAAAAAUUUGGCAAUUGUGUCAGAAGCAAAUAGAUAUACGACUGAAAAACUAUUAAAAAAAAAGUUUGUUAAAAUGAAAACUGAGUUGAGUUUAAAUGAUGCAUCAUCAUUUUUAUUAAAUUCAAAUUUUCAACAAAAGACUGUAAUUCAAAAAACAAAACAACUUAAGAUUCUUGCCAAUCUUAAAAAACCCCAAAUUGCAGUAUUUAAUGAAGUUAGCGAAUAUUUAAAAUUGGAAGAAAUUGAUUUUGAAAGUGAUGCUUUUAAUUGGUGGUAUGAAAGACGUGAAAAUUUUCCAAUUCUAAGUAGGCUUGCUAAAAAAUAUUUAGCAGUUUAUGCCUGUUCUACAGCAUCUGAAAGAUUAUUUUCUAAUGCUAGUAAUCUUUUAACUAUAAAAAAAACACGAAUGUCUCCUAAUCUUUUUAAAAGAAUAAUGUUUUUAAAAAAAAGCCAUAAAUAUUUGGAUAGCAUUCAUACUCCUUUAGAUAUAUAG